UCACAGCCUGCAACCCUCCCUGGUAGCUGCUCCUCUGCUAAGGCAGCAAAUCAGCUUCAUUUCUGACUGAGAGCUUUCAGAAAGGAUAUGAGCAAGAGGAGGAGAAAAAACAAAACAAAACAACAUCACAAACCUGCUUCCUUGGCAAAGACAGUCCAAAAGGCUGGCUGUUGAAUGUGCAGUCAGUUACACAACACUGUCUCACACUCUGCCCAACGAAAAGAUGAAUGAGGAUGUUGCAGAAGAAAAGUAAGGGGAAUCUGUUCUUCUACAUUUAAGCUGCAUCUGCAGGUCUAACCAGGGGAUUCGGCUGCUGUCAAUUUUGAAGAUGAAUACCUGAAGUGCUGCAAGUCAGAUUAAAGCAUAGGCACCAGCAGUGCAUGCCAAGGCUCUGCUUGCAGAACCGUGAAGCAAUGCCAAGCCUUCUGCUUCCAAUUACACAAGCCUCAUACCUCCUGCUCCAGAGACUGCAAGCACAGAUUUGACCACCUUUCCUCACCAGCCAUUUCCGAGGGGAGGUCAGGAGAAGAUCGCUGCGGGUUCAGCCCAGCUUGCGCUGCUGCAGACAAGCUGGCGCGUCCUAGUCACCGGGGCAGGUACCUCUUGGAGCAAGUGCGCAGCAGACUGUGACAAUUUCUGUGCUCAGAAAAAAAAUAUAAAAAGAUAGAAACUGCUGUCAGAAGGUUUGGAGCUUGAAUUUAAUGGAUCUCCCUCUCAGUGCUGGUAUGAGGUGACUACUUGGUCUGUACAAGAUCGGUACACGAAGAGAGAAAUGCAAUGUGCAGUACACAAGCAAAAUGUUCAACCAACCAAAACAAAAAACAACAGCUACACAUACCUGGCAAGUGUGGGCCAUGUACAUGGUCUUGGCUGUCAGUCUCUCUGAGGAACAAGCCCUGAAGCAGGCCUGUCCUUCAUGCGAUGCCACACAGUCUUGCAACUGCUCUUCCAUGGGCUUGGACUUCAUUCCCUCGGGGCUCACGGACAAAAUCACGGUGUUAGACUUGGCCCGCAACAGGAUAAAGCACAUCCGAGCGCACGAUCUGCAGCAGGCUGUGAACCUGAGAACCCUGCUGCUGCAGUCCAACAAAAUCAGCUCCAUAGACGAGGACUCGUUUGUCUCCCUGGGGAAACUGGAGCUCUUGGACUUGUCAAAUAACAGCCUGGCUCACUUGUCCCCAGGGUGGUUUGAGCCCCUGUUUUCACUCCAGCACCUCCACAUUCACGGCAAUUGCUAUAGCGACCUGGGGGAAAGUUCUCCCUUUUCUAGCCUGAGAAACUUGAGCUCUCUCCACCUGGGCAACCCGCGGUUCUCCACAAUAAGGCAAGGAAACUUUGAGGGCAUUACGCUUCCCAACCAGCUGUGGAUUGAGGGCAGCAAUCUCAGUCUGUAUGAGCCUGGAAGUCUGAAAUCAAUUAAGAAGAUAAGUCACAUGAUCAUAAGCAUAAGAAGGGUAGAUCUGUUCUCAGCAAUUGUUCGGGACCUUCUGCACUCUGCCAUUUGGUUAGAAAUUAGAGAAAUUACAUUGGACAUAGAAAAUGAAAAACUGGUGCAGAAUUCUACACUUCCUUUAAUGAUACAAAAAAUGACUUUUACCAGAGCUUCAUUCUCAGAUAAAUAUGCCAGCCAAAUAAUGGUGUUAUUGAAAGAAAUCACAUCUUUGCGAGAGGUAGAGGCAAUAGAUUGUGUGCUUGAGGGGAAAGGAAAAUGGAAUACUACAGCAAUUGAAAGAAGUGGACGAGGUUCUCUUGAAACAGUAUCAGUAACAAAUAUGACUAUUCUGCAUUUUUAUCUGUUUUUUAACCUCAAAGGUUUGGAGUCACAAAUAAGUAAACUGAAAAGACUCAGCAUUGCAAGCUCUAAAGUUUUCAUGGUACCAUGCAGACUUGCAAGAAAUUUUUUAUCACUUUUGUAUCUUGACUUUCAUGAUAAUUUGCUUGUAAAUAAUCGCUUAAGUGAGACAAUCUGUAAAGGUGCUUGGCCUUCAUUGCAAACUUUAAAUCUAAGUAAAAAUUCUUUAAAAUCCCUAAACCAGACUGCAAAAUAUGUAACUAAUCUACCCAAACUGAAUAAUCUUGACAUUAGCCAAAACAAUUUUGGUGAGAUUCCAGAUGUGUGUGAGUGGCCAGCAAAUUUGAAAUAUUUGAAUCUCUCCAGUACUCAAAUUCCCAAAUUAACGGCUUGCAUUCCCUCAACUCUCGAAGUGUUGGACAUCAGUGCAAAUAACCUGAAGGAGUUUAGUCUGCAUCUGCCAUUUCUCAAAGAGCUGUACCUUGCAAAAAACCAGCUGAAGGCCUUGCCUGAUGCGGCAAGCAUUCCUAACUUGGUGGCCAUGUCAAUCAGAAGAAACAAGCUCAACAGCUUCUCCAAGGCAGAGUUGGAGUCCUUCAGGAAAAUGGAGCUGCUGGAUGCCAGCGCCAAUAACUUUAUCUGCUCCUGUGAAUUCCUCUCCUUCAUUCAGCACCAGGCAGGGAUAGGCCAGGUGCUCGUGGGGUGGCCAGAAAGCUACAUCUGCGACUCUCCCCUGGCGGUGAGGGGGGUGCAGGUUGGAGCCGUGCAGCUCUCACUGAUGGAGUGUCACCGGUCCCUGGUGGUGUCCUUGAUCUGCGCUGUGGUUUUCCUGGUCAUCCUCAUCCUGGUGGCCAUUGGGUACAAGUACCAUGCAGUCUGGUACAUGAGAAUGACGUGGGCGUGGCUCCAAGCUAAGCGGAAGCCCAAGCGAGCCCCCCCAAAGGACAUCUGCUACGAUGCUUUUGUCUCCUACAGCGAGAACGACUCCAACUGGGUGGAAAACGUCAUGGUGCAGGAGCUGGAGCAGGCGUGUCCCCCCUUUAGGCUGUGCCUCCAUAAGCGGGACUUUGUGCCCGGGAAGUGGAUUGUGGAUAACAUCAUCGACUCCAUCGAGAAGAGCCACAAAACGCUCUUUGUGCUGUCGGAGCACUUUGUGCAGAGCGAGUGGUGCAAGUACGAGCUGGACUUCUCGCACUUCCGCCUCUUUGACGAGAACAACGAUGCGGCGAUUCUCAUCCUCCUGGAGCCCAUCCAGAGCCAAGCUAUUCCCAAGAGGUUCUGCAAACUGCGGAAGAUAAUGAACACAAAGACCUACCUGGAGUGGCCUCAUGAAGAAGAGCAGCAGGAGAUAUUUUGGGAAAACUUGAAAGCAGCUUUGAAAUCAUAGGACAAUUUAGUAGUUCCUGUUUCAGUGUAUUUACACAAAGGAUAUAGGUCAGUGUUUCUUCCUGCUAAGAAAUUUAUCUUUCUUAUUUUUCUGCCUAACAAAAACUAGCUUUCCUGUGGAUAGUCAUGUUAAUAAAUGAAAAAGAGCCACUUAAGGCUUUCCAGUGAUUUGAUAUUGUGAUCUUCCCUGCUAGUAACGGUGAUAUUUGGAAGCCAUGUGUGAUUUUCGAUACUUUUCUAAAUACAUUUAGCUGAAUUUAGUGUUUUUCUGUACUCUUUCCUCCUGUCAUCAUAUCACUGAUUAGCUCUUGACAAUCCCUUUGUAGUUUACAAUUGAAAAUAAAUCCAAGUGGUUCAAUA